CUUUGACAAAUGUUAGUUGUGUCUAUCUACUUAUUAAAUUAAACCAAAGUUAGUCUUUAAUCAAAUCGUUGAAAAUAAAUCAAAUUAUAAUCACAUAUGGACAGUGCAUUGCGUGUGUAGUGCUCCCAGUACAAUGUUUUUCCAAACAUCAAUUCUGUGGAACUUACUAGGCAUAGUGACCGCCCUGUUUGCCGUAGUUUAUACAUAUUUCAAAUGGUCCUAUCAGUACUGGAAGAAGAGGAAUGUGCCCCAAAUUUCACCCACAAUACCCUUCGGAAACUUGACCAACCCACUGACAGAGCAUGUGGAUGAAAGCAUUGCUGAGAUAUACAAAAAGGCGAAAGACAGAGGUUGGAAAUAUUGUGGAUUGUAUAUGUUGCUGUCCCCUAACUUGUUGGUACUGGAUCUGGAGAUGGUACAAAACAUUCUAAAGAAGGAUUUCCAGUACUUCAUGGAUAGGGGAAUUUACGCGAACGAGAAAGACGACCUUCUUAGUCACAACCUGUUCUGUCUCGCCGGCUCCAGAUGGAAGAAUCUUAGAGCCAAACUGACACUGUCUUUUUCGUCUGACAAGUUGAAGGCGAUGUUCCAGACUCUGAUGGAUUGUGGUUUAAUUCUCGAGUACUACAUUGAGGAAAAAACUAAACCAGAAGAUCCUGUAGACAUCAAGGAGCUUCUAGCUUGCUUCUCCACCGACGUCAUAGGGUCCUGCGCUUUCGGCCUCGACUGUAACAGCUUCGAGGAGCCGAACUCAGUCUUCAGACGUUUCGGAAACCGAAUUUUGACCAUCACUCCGCUGACCCUCGUCAAGAAGAUGUUCUGUCAGAAUUUUCCCGAGCUGGCGCGGGUUUUGGGGAUACGCCAAGUUUCGAGAGACAUCACAGACUUCUUCAGCGGCAUGGUGAAGGAAACAGUCUCAUAUCGCGAAAAACACAAAAUUGUUAGGAGGGAUUUUCUUCAGUUGCUUCUGGAUAUCAGGAAUACAAAAGAAAGGCAGAAAAAUGUCCACAGGGUUCCAGACGAUGGUAACUCUUUAACAAUGGACGAAAUUAUCGCUCAGAGUAUCUUAUUCUUCAUAGCAAGCUAUGAAACCAGCUCCGCCACUAUGACCUUCGCCCUGUUCGAGUUGGCCAUGCAUCCCGACAUCCAGGAGAAACUCAGGGAUGAAAUCAAUACAGUUUUGGCUGGCCACGAGGACGAGGUCACCUACGAUUCGCUGAGUGAGAUGAAGUACCUGGGACAGGUUGUAGAUGAGACCCUGAGGAUUCAUCCACCGACAUCCACUCUAAUCCGUUACUGUAAUAGCGACUAUAAUGUACCUGGCGAAGAUUUGGUCAUAGAAAAAGGCACCAAACUGGUUAUAUCCGUAAAAAGCAUACAAAACGAUGAAGAAUACUGGAAGAAUCCGAAAGAGUUUGAUCCAGAUAGGUUCAGCGAUGAGAGGAAGAAGAACAUGAACCAGUGCACCUACUUGCCUUUUGGCCAGGGUCCUAGGAUGUGUAUUGGUGAAAAGUUCGGUCUGAUGCAAGUGAGGGUAGGUCUGACCUGUCUGUUGAGGAAUUUCAGGGUGAAACUGAAUAAGAAAACCACACUACCUCUAAAGACAUCUGCCAAAAACAAUGUUAAUUCUGCUGUGGGGGGCAUCUGGCUCAAUUUGGAAAGGGUGUAUGCGAUGUUUCUCCAAGCAUCAACUCUGUGGAACUUACUAGGCAUAACGACGGCCUUGUUGGCCGUAGCUUACGCUUAUACCAAGUGGUGCUUUCAGUACUGGAAGAAGAGGAAUGUGCCUUACAUUGAACCCACCAUACCCUUCGGUAACUUGGGCAGUCCGCUGAAAGAGAAUGUGGAUGAAAGCAUGGCCCAGAUGUACAAAAAGGCGAAAGUGAAAGGUUGGAAAUACUGUGGAAUGUAUAUUUCGCUGUCCCCUAACUUAUUGGUACUGGAUCUGGAGAUGAUAAAGAACAUCCUAACGAAGGAUUUCCAGUACUUCAUGGACAGAGGAACUUACACGAACGAAAAGGACGAUCCCGUCGGUUGUCACCUGUUCAACCUCACCGGUUCCAGGUGGAGGAAUCUAAGGGCCAAAUUGUCGCCGACAUUCACCUCUGGCAAGUUGAAGGCGAUGUUCCAGACUUUGGUGGACUGCGGUUUGGUUCUCGAGAACUAUAUCGAGAGUAAAAUUAAACCGGACGAAGCCGUCGACAUUAAGGAGCUUCUAGCUUGUUUCUCGACCGACGUCAUAGGAUCCUGCGCUUUUGGCCUCGACUGUAACAGCUUCAAGGAGCCAAACUCCACCUUCAGACGCUACGGAAAUAAGGUUUUCAUCAUCUCUAAGCUAACAAUCGUCAGGACGAUGUUCUAUCAGAAUUUUCCCGACCUAGCGCGGUUCUUGGGGGUGCGCCAAGUGCCCACAGACAUCGCGGAGUUCUUCAGCGGCGUGGUGAAGGACACCGUGUCGUAUCGCGAGAAGAACAACGUAGUUAGGAAGGACUUCAUGCAGUUGCUUAUGGAGAUCAGGGAUAAAAAGGAUGGGCAGGAGAAUGACCAUAGUGUUCCGGGCGACGGCACGACUUUGACAAUGGACGAAAUGAUCGCUCAGAGUUUCGUAUUCUUCGUAGCAGGCUUCGAAACCAGCUCCACCACCAUGACCUUCGCCUUAUUCGAGUUGGCCACUCAUCCAGACGCCCAGGAGAAACUCAGAGAUGAAAUCAAUAAAGUUUUGGCCAGACACGACGGCAAGGUCACCUACGAUUCGCUGAGUGAGAUGAAAUAUAUGGGACAGGUUAUAAAUGAGACUCUGAGGAUUCAUGCACCAGUGAGGACUCUACGACGGGUAUGCGUCAAAGACUAUAAGGUAUCUGGUGAGGAUUUGAUCAUAGAGAAAGGCACCAGACUGAGCAUACCCAUAAGAGGUUUACAUUACGAUGAAGAAUACUGGAGGAAUCCGAAAGAGUUUGAUCCGGAGAGGUUCAGCGAUGAGAACAGGAGGGAUAUGAACCAGUUCACUCACUUGCCUUUCGGUGAGGGUCCUAGGGUGUGUAUUGGAGAAAGAUUCGGCUUGAUGCAAGUUAGAGUGGGUCUGACCUGCCUUUUGAGGAAAUUCAGAGUGAAACUGGACAAGAAAACCACACUACCCCUAAAGAUGUCUGCCAAAGCCCUUGUUUCCUCUGCUGAGGGAGGAAUCUGGCUGAAUUUGGAAAGGGUGUAAUCAAUUAUCUAUAGUAUUAAUAUGGUAUAAGUACAAAUGAUGUAGCCCUGAUAUACAGGGUGUUCCUUAAUGAUACGCGAAUAUUUAAAGGUGUUAUUCUACAUGGAAAAUUAAUGACAGUUUGCUUUAUAAACUAUGGUCCAAAAAUGUUCCGUUGCGAAAAUAAAAAGUGUUAAAAUUUAUUAAAAAGAAAGGAUAUAUAUCAUACAUUAAGGAACAAACUGUAUAAUAAAAAUUGGUGCCAGUAAAACAAAAUUGUUUCACUGAAAUGAAUAAUUUGUGUGGAUAGAGCCAAACAAAUAUUUAUUUCUUGACACCAAACAAUUUGUUUGAAAAAAGCAAACAAAAAUUUAUUUCAUUUAUUAUUAA